AUGACGUCACACACCAUGUGGACUGUAACCGCCAUCUUGCUAGGUGGUACAGAGGCGUGUUGAGGGUCGGUAAGAAGAAAAUGAACUAAGAAGUCUCCUGUCAUUAUUGAGAAGACUUUUCAUCAGCGUAAACAAUGCCUACAUAUUUUCAGCGACCAGAAAAUGCUCUUAAAAGAGCGAAUGAAUUUAUUGAUGUUGGUAAAAAGCAACGGGCUCUUGAUGCUCUCUAUGAUGUUAUCAAGAGUAAGAAGCAUCGAACAUGGCAGAAAAUCCAUGAGCCUAUCAUGGAGAAAUAUCUAGUUCUUUGUGUAGAACUAAAGAAAAGCCAUGUCGCUAAAGAAGGACUGUACCAGUACAAGCUUAUAUGUCAGCAGGUCAAUAUUAAGUCACUUGAGGAUGUGGUGCGAAAGUACCUGGCCCUAGCCGAGGACAAGACUGAAGAAGCCAGGGCACAGUCACAUCAGGCUGUUGUUGAUAUUGAUGAUCUGGAUGUCAUACAAACCCCAGAGAGUCUGUUACUGAGUGCUGUGAGUGGAGAAGACUCCCAAGAUCGUUCUGAUAGGGCUAUUCUGACCCCUUGGGUAAAGUUUCUGUGGGAGUCCUACCGUCAAUGUCUGGAUUUACUUAGAAAUAAUUCCAGGGUAGAAAAGUUGUACCAGGACAUUGCACAGCAAGCUUUCAAGUUUUGCCUGAAGUACCAAAGGAAGACCGAAUUUAGAAAAUUGUGUGACAACCUUCGCACUCACUUGGGUCACAUCCACAAGCACCAACACCAGCAGACUGCCAUCAACCUGAACAACCCAGAGAGCCAGGCCAUGCACCUGGAGACACGCCUAGUACAGCUGGAUAGUGCUAUCCAGAUGGAACUCUGGCAGGAAGCCUUCAAAGCUGUGGAGGACAUUCAUGGUUUGAUCAGUUUGUCCAAGAAGCCACCCAAGCCAUCUCUUAUGGCCAAUUACUACCAGAAGUUGGGUUUAGUAUUCUGGAAGGCUGGCAAUCGUCUCUUCCAUGCCUGUGCUCUACAUCGACUGUUCCAUCUAUCCAGGGAACAAAGGAAGAACUUGUCCCCUGAGGAGCAGCAGAAAAUGGCAUCUCGUGUGCUUUGUGCCACACUAGCUGUGCCAAUUCUUCCCUCACGCAACCCAAUUGAUCAGCUGCUGGAAGUAGACUCCACUACACUGGAGAAGCAAAGACGUCUGGCAACACUGCUUGGUCUGCAGACACCACCUAACAGAACAGCUCUAAUUAAAGAUUUGGUGAAGUACAGCAUGCUCCAACACGUGCACCCUGAGGUUCAGAAUCUGUAUCGUUGGCUAGAGGUUGACUUUCAUCCCUUGAAGUUAUCCCAGAGAGUGGCCAGCUCUAUGGAGUACAUCGAGAACAAUGAGGACUUGUGUCAGUAUGAGUCUGCUCUGCAUGAAAUCACCAUCACAAGACUUCUGAAGCAGAUUUCACAAGUGUACCAAACUAUUGAGUUUGCCCGCCUGGCUAAACUGGCUCCUUUUGCUAACAAGUUUCAGCUAGAGCGUGUCAUUGUGGACUCUGCUAGAAGACUAGAGUUGCAGAUACGGAUUGACCAUCGCACCAAGUCUUUAAGCUUUGGAAUGGACUUGGGAGUGGCACAGAAAGAAGAUGUGCCGGAGGGUCCAUAUCUGCAGAGCAUGCCCAGUGAGCAGAUUCGCAACCAGAUGACCAACAUGGCUCAGGCCUUGCAUAAGGCUGUCAACAUGAUCAAGCCAGAAGGCAAAAAGAAGAAGGAAGAAGAAAUCAAGGAGCAUAUAGUGACAGCCUAUCGCCAGACAUCAGCCCGUGAGCAUCAGCGUAUCUUGUCUCGAAGACAGAUCAUUGAGGACAGGAAAGAACUGCUGGAGAGUCUCAGUGUCCAGAGGGAAAGGGAAGAGUUGCAAAAGGAAGAAGAGAUCCGCAGUAAGGCCCAUGCUGCUGAGAUGGCACGACUGGAGAGAGAGGCAGAGGAGCGUGAACGCCAGCGCCGCGUGGAAGAGCAAAAAGAGAUACAGAAGAAGCAUGCUAAGGAGAGGCUGAAACAACUGAAAGAGACUGAAUUGGGAGCAAAGGCUUUCAAAGAUCUGCAUGAAGAGGAUAUUGUUGAGCUGGAUGCAGAUGAGAUCCUGGCCAGACAGGUGGAGCAGUUGGAGAAGGAGAAGAAGGAACUGCAAGAAAGGCUAAAUGCUCAGUCUAAGAAGGUUGAUCAUCUUGCUAGAGCCAAAUGUCUGGAAGAGAUUCCACUAUUGAAGCAGCAAUAUGAAGAGGAGAAAGUUAAGCUCAGAGAGUUUUGGGAGCAGGAGGAACAAGAAAGAAUUGAAAAGAUCAUGGCUGAACGUGAAAUGGCUCUGGAGCACAGUGAUCGUCUGAAGAGAAUGAUGGAAGACAAGGAUGCUUUCCUGAAGAAAAUUGCCCAGGCUAGAAUGUCUGUCUACAAGGAAAAACUUGCUGAGUUUAAUAAGAAAUUGGCAGAAGAGCGCAAGAAACGCCUGCAGAAGAGAAAGGAAAUGCGCAUCAAGGAACGUCGCCAGAAACGUCAAGAAGAAAAAGAAGAGGCUGAGCAAAGAGCUAGAGAAGAGGCAAUGAAGAGAGAGCGAGAAGAAAAGGAGAGAAUUGAAAGGGAGCAGAGAGAGGAGGAGGAGAGGCAGUAUGAGGAGAAGAUGAGAAAGCUGGAAGAGAUAGCAGAAAAGCAAAGGCAGAAGGAAAGAGAGAUAGAGGAAAGAGAAGCUAAGAGGAGAGAAGAAAUAAGGGGGCAAGAUGAUCGUGGAGGUGACCAGAGAGAGGAACGUGGAGGUGCAUGGAGAGCACCUGUCAGAGGAGGUGGCUGGAGAGAGAGAGAAAAAGAAAGAGAAUUGAGCUGGAAAAAAAGGGAUGAUGGUGAUGGUGGGCGUGAACAUGACUGGCGUAGAGGUGAAGGUCCUAGGAUUGAGCGCGAUUUCAGGAGAGAUGAGCCAAGGGAUUUGCGCAAAGAUGAACGUGGACCUGAUAGAGAUUUCCGACGUGAUGACAGAGGCCCUCCAGAUAGAGAUAUGCGCAGAGACGACCGAGGCCCUGACAGAGAUUUCUGCAGAGAUGCUUCACCAAGGGGUGGUUUUGGCCGUGGUGGAGAUGAUGGAAGACCACCAGCACGAGAUGACAGAGAUUGGGGUCGCCGUGGUGAUGACAGAGAUUGGGGAAGAAGAGAGCCUCCUCGUGAUGAUUGGAGGAGAGGCCCACCUGCCAGAGAUGAGAGAGACAGCAGGAUGCCUUAUAGAGAUAUCAGGGAAGAACAUCGAGACAGCAGAAUGCCUGCUAGAGACAUCAGAGAGGAGAGAGAUGGGAGAAUGCCAGCCAGAGACAUAAGAGAAGACCGUGACAGCAGAAUGCCAGCUAGAGAUAUCAGAGAGGAUAGAGAUUUUGGCAGGCGUGAUGGCCCACCAAGAGAUGACUGGCGCAGAGGUCCACCAAGAGAUGAUCGCGAUGGUGGAGGAUGGCGUCGUGGCGGAGAUGAAAGAGGACCACCAUCCAGAGAUGACUGGGGUGGCCGUGGAGGAGGCAGAGAUAUGAGAGGUGCUGGCAGAAAUGAAGAGAGGGAAUGGAGAAGAGGUGAUACAAAAGAUGCCCCAAGCAGGGAUAAGAGAGGGGAUGGCGAUGAAUGGACGACAGUCAAGUACUGAGCUGCCAAAUUUCGAGAAUCAUUUCAUCUUGGAAUAAUCAUAAGUUUAAAAAACUUAAAUGUAACUUAGUUAUAUUAGGAGGGGGAAAAGAAAGAAACAACUGAAGAAUAAUGCUUAGCAGAAAUUGCCAAACAAUUUGGAUUUUAAGAAUUAGAAAAAUAUUAACAUUAUAGACUUACAGUGCAUGUUAAAUAUUCUAACAAUUUACAGCCUUGCCAACUUUGUUAAAGGAAUUGAUUUGAAAAUUGCUUGUAAAGAUAUCAUGAAGUUCUUUGGACAUAUACCAACCUGCCAUUUUUUGCCAAUAUGCUGAAACUGUUUGGAUCACGUACAUUUAAAGAAUUUUAAUGGAGCAGAAAUUAUCAGGGUGAAACAGACUUGUGAAAAGUGUCAAAAUUGCCCCAGUUAAAUGUCUUUGAUAUAACCUAUUUCAAAUUGACAGAUAAAGGCACAUUGGAUCUUCAAAUUUAAAGAUGGUGUGAUUAAAGGUUUUUCUUUACAAAAAAAGUUAAAACUCAUUAUUGGCAUGAACAGACGAGAAUUGUGAAUUGUACCUUGAUCUGAAAGUAAACUUUGUCUUUGGUGUAAUCUUCGUUUCAAAUCGACAAAUAAAGGCAAAAUGGAUCUUCAAAUUUAAA